AUGGUGAGUACAACCCUGCUCCCUGUCACAGUACUCGCACUGACUCCUGUCGCGCUCGACAGGCUGCAAACUGUCCGUCUCCCCGCUCUCGUCCUCCCCCCUCCCCCUCUUGGCCCGUCAUCAGCUCCCGCCUCCCCGCUCACCCCCUCCUCCCCUCGUGCAACAGCUCAAGGUAUCGCAACCCUCCUUGACGCAGAGAAGGAGGCCGCCCAGAUCGUCGCAAAGGCCCGCGAGUACCGCAACCAGCGCCUCAAGGACGCACGCGGUGAGGCGAGCAAGGAGAUCGACGCCCUGCGCGCAAAGAAGGACCAGGAGUUCACCGACUUUGAGCACGAGCACUCGGGCGACAGCUCGACGUCGGCGACCGAGGUCCAGAAGCAGACGGACGAGACGCUCGAGCGCAUCGAGGCCACGUUCGCGAGCAGCCGCCAGGCCGUCGUCGACGACUUGCUCGAGCGCGUCGUCCAGGUCGACCCCAAGCUGCACCGCAACCUCCAGAUGCACAAGGCCUAG